GGAGAGUUCAAGAAGAUACAGGAUCACCUAUAUUUGUUUGUUAUAAUGAUUUAUAUGCAUUUGAUUCGGUAUUAUUAUCGUGGAAUAAAAUUAAUGCAGAUUAUGCACCUUCACCUCGAAGUCACGCAGCACCAGUAAUGCUUCCAAAUGGUAAGAUUCUUUAUAUUGGUGGUGUUUCUCAGACUAAUCCUGGAACGAACGCAAGCUUAAUAGAUAUGAAUGAGAUCCCAAUAUUUGACACGAUUUCUUCAACCUGGUCAUACAAAUAUGCAAAUCAAUCAAACCGCAUUCAACCGCGAAUAUCCCACACUGCAACAUUAAUACCAGACAAUAGUGAAAUUAUUAUAAUAGGGGGGAAUACAAAUUAUAAUUAUAACCUUUCCACUGCUAAACCAGUUUUUGUGUCAUUAAAUAUUGCAAACGAACCUUAUAUAUAUUCUGAAUUAAAUACUUCUGGAGAUAUACCACCUCCAUUAGCAGUUCAUACUGCUAAUUUAUAUCAGAAGUAUCUUAUUGUUGCAUUUGGUAAUAUUACUAAUGAUUUAGUGCCACCAGUUGAUCUCAACCCUCUCAUUUAUAUAUUAGAUAUUCCAUGCAAAACAUGGGUAACUACCUUUGCACCUGGUAAAUCAAUCUGUAGCAUUGAAUCUAAUAGUAGCAACGGAUUAAAUAGUGGCAUGGGCGUUUACUGUUGUAAGAUUUUGUAG